AUGACGAAAUCCUUCUUAUGUCUCCUCGUGAAUUCUUCCAACAGCAUGUGUGUGUAUAGUCCGGAAGUGAAGCCGUACAAGAAAAGCUCAUCCCAUUCCCUUUGCUCGAAACACGCACGGAAAGGCGAGAAAAGGAGAAUAAAUUGUGGUUCUCGACUGGAAACUGUCAAUUCUGGACAUUACUGUGGAAAGGGCGUCUUGAUCACCACAGAGGAUGGGAUUUGCGAACACUUUCCAUCGGGUUCGAGCUAUGGUGAAGAAGUUGAAAGAGACAAGAGAAACGGCUUCGACGUCCAAUACGACGUGUCUUCAUUUGCAGAAUUUGGAUUGAAGAAUGUUAUCUGCGACGGAAAACCCUUGGGAACGAAAUACCAUCCUCAGAUAUCGGAUGUUUGCCACGAGAUUAUGGCUGUCGCUCGUGUAUUCUCGCGCAUAUCAAGCUCAACUUCGCGAUGUUGGCGACAUUUCGGUUCGAAAUCCGGUGAUUCAAACUCAGGCAAUGGCAGUUCGACCAUCGACAAAGAAGGCAAACCAAGGAUGCGUGCUUUGAAAGAAAUGCUGAAUGAAAAAGGGGAAGUCGUGGACAGUCAGUUGAGAGCCCAAAAGGAUUUCUUUUCAGCACCAUUGAAACGAGACCCGAACUUCCCCCAUUACGUGGACGUAGUCAUUAUUGGCGGAGGAGCAAUCGGAACCGCAACUGCGUUUCACAUAAAGCAGAUUCAUUCGAAGGUUAACGUCCUUGUCGUUGAGAAAGACCCAACGUAUGCCAAAGCCUCGACUACAUUAUCAGUGGGAGGAAUUCGUCAGCAGUUUUCUGUCCCCGAAAACAUCAUGAUGUCGCAGUACGGGUACGAUUUCAUUCGAAACUUCCAACGGAAUUGCAGUUGCGAAGAUGUCCAACCACCGGACAUCAACUUCAACCCUCACGGAUACGUCUUCGCCGCAACAGAAGCCGGAGCUGAUACCUUGAGAGAAAACUACAUUUUGCAGAAAGAUUACGGCGUGAAAUCCACCCUUUUGGGACCCGACGAUCUCCAGCAACGUUUCCCCUGGAUGAACGUCGAAGGAUUGGCAUUGGCCAGUGUAGGGACUCAGGGCGAGGGUUGGUUCGACCCAUGGGCACUUUUGUACGGUAUGAAAGCCAAGGCCUCGUUUUUGGGAACGAGAUAUUUGGAAGCAGAGGCAAUUGGAUUCGAGUUUGAAGAACUGGACAAUUACCUUCUUUCGGAAACGGUAACGGUGAAUUUUAAUAGAGCAACUAGCUUGUUGGUCAAAGUGAGAACCCCUGAGGGAGAACAGGUGAAACCCAUUCGGGCUCCAUACUACAUUCUUGCAACCGGUGCGCAUUCAGCUGACUUGGCGUUCGCCGCGCAAAUCGGCACAGGGAAGGGAAUGCUGAGGCAUAAACUUCCGAUAGAACCAAGAAAAAGAUAUGUCUACACGAUUCAUGCACCUGAUGGGCCAGGUCUUGACUGUCCAUUUUUCAUUGAUCCGAGUGGAAUGUACUUCAGACGAGAAGGUCUGGGAGGAGUGUAUCUAACUGGAAUGUCCCCUGCACCAGAACACGAACCUGAUGCAUCCAACUUGGAUUCUGUAGAUUUUUCAUAUUUUGAUGAGCAAAUCUGGCCGUUGUUGGCUCAUCGAGUGCCUGGAUUUGAAAAGCUGAAGGUGAGGAGUGGCUGGGCCGGCUAUUACGAUUACAACAUCAUGGAUCAAAACCCGAUCAUUGGCCCGCAUCCGUAUCACCCCAACAUCAUCUUUGCAUCCGGUUUCAGCGGGCACGGUAUUCAACAUUCCCCCGCCGCGGGUCGGGGAGUCGCAGAGCUGGUGUUUCACGGCGAAUACAGAAGCAUCAACCUGGGCCGGUUUUCUUACGACAGAGUCAUGCUCAAUAAGCCGCUGCAGGAAGUGAACGUGGUCUGAUGACAGUCAUGCUGAUGCCGACACGUUUUGGUCCUGUUCAGGAUUAGGCUAUUUCUUUAUAGGCCCGUUUUUCUUACAAAAUCUCUCGGUGCUGGUGACGGAUGACACGAGCGACUAUAUUGUGUGUGCUUUUUUGUUGUUGUUGUUCGUUUGUUCGUCGAUAAUGACCAUGAUGGGCGUCGGCAUUAAAACCGGGAACUCGUUUGUGAUAAUGACAA